AUGAAUUGGCUGUUUCUGGUCUCGCUAAUCUUCUUCUGCGGCGUGUCAACACAUCCUGCCCUGGCAAUGUCCAGUAACAAACUACUAAAGCUGGCAAAUAAAUCUCCCAAGAGAAUUAUACCUCUGAAGGACUCAAGUUUCGAAAACAUCUUAGCGCCCCCUCACGAAAAUGCCUAUAUAGUCGCUCUGUUUACCGCCACAGCGCCCGAAAUUGGUUGUUCUUUGUGUCUCGAACUGGAGUCCGAAUACGACACCAUAGUGGCCUCCUGGUUUGACGAUCAUCCAGACGCGAAAUCGUCCCAUACCAAUACAUCUAUCUUCUUCACAAAGGUCAAUUUGGAGGAUCCCUCCAAGACCAUUCCAAAAGCAUUCCAAUUUUUCCAACUCAAUAAUGUUCCUAGAUUGUUCAUCUUCAAACCUAACUCUCCCUCUAUUCUGGACCAUAGCAUCAUUAAUAUUUCCACUGACACUGGCCCAGAAAGAAUGAAGCAAAUCAUACAAGCCAUCAAACAGUUCUCGCAAGUAAACGACUUCUCUUUGCACUUACCUAUGGAUUGGACCCCCAUUAUUACCUCCACAAUAAUCACUUUCAUCACUGUUUUACUCUUCAAAAAGCAGUCCAAGCUCAUGUUCUCCAUUAUAUCUUCUAGAAUUGUCUGGGCAACCUUGUCGACUUUCUUCAUCAUCUGCAUGAUCAGUGCCUACAUGUUCAACCAAAUCAGGAAUACCCAAUUGGCAGGCGUUGGUCCCAAGGGCGAGGUUAUGUAUUUCUUGCCCAAUGAAUUCCAACAUCAAUUCGCCAUUGAGACUCAAGUCAUGGUUCUUAUUUACGGAACCCUGGCCGCGUUGGUGGUCGUAUUGGUCAAGGGUAUACCAUUCUUGCGCUCUCAUUUGUAUCCAGACACCAAGAAAUCGUACUUCAUCGAUGCCGUUUUGGCCUCUUUUUGCGCCUUGUUCAUUUACGUCUUCUUUGCUGCUUUGACCACCGUGUUUUCAAUCAAGAGUCCCGCCUAUCCUUUCCCUUUACUAAGACUCUCGGCGCCGUUUAAAUAA